UAACUUGCGCAAAGAUCACUACCACAACCAACAAAAAUCCUACUAACACACACACAAAAAAAAAAAAAAAGGCUCAGAUGUUGGGGUCUCUCACCGCCCAAACAGAGGCACUAAGCCACGUCCAAGGUCUAGUGGAGGCCUUCAGAGCCUUUGAUUCCGACAACGACGGCUCGAUCACCGAGGCCGAGCUCGGCGGGAUAAUGGGCUCGCUCGGGUACAACCCAACCGAGGAAGAAGUGAGGGCUAUGAUGCAGGAGGGAGACGUCAACAAGGACGGGCUUCUGAGCUUGGAGGAGUUCCUGGAGAUGAACACCAAGAAUCUGGAGCUCGGCGGGCUCGGAAACUUUCUCAUGAACGCAGCUGAGGCUCUGAACAAUAAUAUUGAUGGUGAUGGCAUUUGUGAUCAGAUGGUCACUGGGGAGGAGCUGUUUCAGGUUUUGGGGAGUUUAGGGGUCAAUUUUGGCCUGGAGGAUUGCCAGAAUAUCAUUGCUUCCAUGGAUAUGGAUGGGGAUGGUGCUGUUAGUUUAGAAGAUUUUAAUCUUAUUGUCACCUCUCUCCUCUAGAUCAUCAUCUUAUUGAGUCGGGGGUUUCAUAUAUAAUAUUUAUCAUGCUAGUACGUACGUGUAAACUUUAUAAUUAAUAUAUAUAUAUAUAUAUUUAUGUAGAAAUGGGAAACCUUAUUAUGUGUUGAGUACUGUUGACGAGUCGGUUCAGGUGAUCCUAGCUAGAGCCCCUGCUUGGACACUAAUAAAUAAUUAGGAUUGCCACA